AGUGAAUUUGCCAGCAGUCUCUUCCUUCUAAUGUAAAUUAGUGUAGUCAAGUGUCUUUCUUCCAGUUUCACUCAGUGAUAUUGCUGAACACAGUACAGAUAGUUCAUGCAUCUAGAGAGGAAGAGACAUGCAUUUUAGUACUUCACACCAAUUCAAGGCUAAAGUGGAAAUUAUGUUCGUUUGGUUUUUUUGGUCUCUGUUGACCCUGCCAGAGGCUACAGGCACUAAUGCUGGAGUUAAUGUCAAACUAACUCAGAAAGGACUUGAAUACGGUCGACAGAUUGGAAUUGCCUCAAUCCAGCAGAAGCUCAGAACCAUCCAUGUGCCAGACAUAAGUGGCACAGAACGUGUGGAUCCUAUUGGAAAAGUCCAGUACAGUUUUACAGGGAUGCAGAUAGUAAACCUGGGUCUACCCCAAUCAUCACUGGGGUUAGUUCCUGGUACUGGAGUCAGUCUUUCAAUUGAUAAUGCCUUUAUCAGUCUGCAUGGCAAUUGGAGAGUAAAAUACCUCAGGAUCAUAAAAGACAGCGGAUCGUUUGAUCUGGCUGUAAGUGAACUGUCCAUUAGCACCACUAUUGCUGUCAUGAGUGAUGACACUGGCCGCCCAUCAGUCAGUAUGACCAACUGUGCAGCAACUGUGGGGAGAGUCAGCAUCAAGUUUCAUGGUGGGGCCAGCUGGUUGUAUAACCUCUUCAGUUCCUUCAUUAAUAAGGCCCUGCGUGAUGCUCUGCAGAAACAGAUCUGCCCUCUGGUUGCUGAUUCCAUUGCUGAUAUGAACCCCCACCUGAAAACAUUAAAUGUUUUAGCCAGAGUAGACAAGUACGCUGAGAUUGAAUACUCCAUGGUGGCAUCUCCUGCCAUUUCCAGUACCUCCAUUGACUUGGGUUUAAAGGGUGAAUUCUACAACAUCGGACAACACAAAGAACCCCCCUUCUCCCCAACACCUUUCUCAUUGCCUUCUGAGGACACUAGUAUGCUGUACAUUGGAGUCUCUGCCUUCACGGCCAACUCAGCAGGUUUUGUUUACCACAGCGCUGGCGCCCUCAGCCUCAACAUCACUGAUGACAUGAUUCCCUCUGGAUCUCCACUUCGUCUAAACACGGGGACAUUUGGAGUUUUCAUUCCACAAAUUGCGAAAAUGUAUCCUGGUCUGAUGAUGCAGCUAUUGGUUAAGACAGAGAAGGAGCCCAUCCUUACAUUUGAAUCCAACAACGUGACUGUUCAAGCCAGCAGUACAGUGACAGCGUAUGCUAUCCAGCCCAAUAGCACGCUAUCUCCACUCUUUGUCCUUAAUCUGGGGGGCAGCGUCAGUGCUCGCGUAUAUGUGACUGAACUGAAACUAGCUGGAGCUGUGACCCUUAACGAAAUUUACAUGAGCUUAGCAAAAAGCUACGUGGGACCAUUCCAGGUCACAUCUCUUGAUAAUAUCUUCAAGAUGAUCUUGAAAGUUACUGUGAUUCCCAAGGUUAAUGCUCGAUUAGAGGAAGGUUAUCCGCUCCCUGCCAUUGGGAAGAUGCAGCUUGUAAACACUCAACUUCAGGUUCUGAAGGACUACUUGUUGAUUGGAACAGAUGUUCAAUUUAAAGGAUAAAUCUCACCUGAAAUGUUUUAAUAUUUUAUAAAAAAUAAAAUAGUAAUAAUAAAAGAUUUAUUGUUGAAGAAAAUAUGUGUGAAAAGGGGUACAGUAUAUAACUGUUAAUUGUUUUGAAGUAAUGCAAAUUAUGUAUUGUACAUUUAACUGCUGGGUGUUUUUUUUUUUUAGUAAUAGUGCUACAUGGGGACUUUGAAAUUGUCUGAUAUGCUGAUUAUUCAUGAUAUCAGUAUAAAGUCAAAGACAUUUUCCUAAGAAUGGCCCACUUAAUAACUAACAUGUGACAUUUUCUGCAAGUCCUCUCCAUGAGUAACAGUUGGGCCUGCAGGCCCCUCUUUACACCAGCAGAGGGAAUCAUCUCCAAAGUAUUAGAAUGCUAUGCAUGAUGUAUUUCCUGUAUAAGUAGGCCAUUGUUACUUUAUUCUUAUUAUUGUUUUCCCUGUGAUUUGGUUACUUAGACUUACCUUUUAAUAAACCUUCAGCACAUGGACCCUUAGCCAUCAUGUCAGUCAGAUUUACUACAGAAAAUUGUCACCAUCGGAAGUGGAGGUAGAGACUUUGAAGGCCACCAUCAUGUGGCAGUCAGAGAUGUUGAAAGUGCACUGUAACAACUUCAAACACUCUGCAAAGCCAGCAAAAUAUAUGGCCAACUACAAAAUUGCAUAAUCAAAAUAUUAAUCUUGUUUAAUAUUAAUAUAAUUGUAUGGAAAUCAGCAAUUGCGAUAACUUUUAAAAUAUCUCCUUAUGACUUCUGGAGAAGAAAGUAAUAUGGGUAUGGAAUGAGUAAAGGGCAUGUAAACAAAAAGAGAAUUUUUAUUUUUGGGUGAACUAACCCUUUAAGCAUUUAGACCUCGUCAGGCUCAUUCAAACAUGAAGAGAUAAGGAUUAUCUAAAGUAUGUUUAUUCCUACACAAAUGUGAGUCAUGAAGCUGGGACUACCCAUAUCAUCACUGGGAUAAAUGGCUGGCAAUGGAGUCAAUAUUUCUGUUGAAGAUCAACCUAAACAGCAAAUGGAGACUCAAAUACAUUUGGAUCAUGUAAGCACAGUGUCUAAAUGACUAAAGGGGUGUUCACACUGACAGACAAUGACCACUGGUAUAUCCAGCGACACAGCAAAGUUGAAAUGUUUAUGUUUAUGCAAAUUAGCAGCAACUUGAUCCGCUGACUACAAACGGGAGUAAAGGCAGUGGGGCACACGUGAUUCGUCUCCUGUCAGUCAACAAACAUUUCCUAACUGUGAGCAAUUUUCUGAUUUUGUGUAUUAGUGUCUUGAUAUGGCAACAUACAGGGUCACCACUGAGGAAAAUAAGUUUGUAAAGAUGAUUUAAUGAGAAAUAAAAUCCAUUGACAUCAUUUAGUUUCAA